AUGUUUGUUCUACCACCACCUCCUCCCCGCUAUACUAUCCCUGUCGCUUACGCGGCGGGGGCGGCAAAUGGUAUGGCGGUCCCAGUUGUCGAAACCAACAAUACCAUUAGCCACCCCGAAUGUCCACUUCAGGUCGGAGAAGGAACCUACACACUCAAAGAAGACCUCCUCCUCGCAACCCCCCCUCCCCACCCUUCUGAGGCCCCGAUCAUCAACCCUAACCCUCUCGCGACGGCUCCUAGCCCCCCAACAUCUGGCGUCAAGUUGUCUUUGGUCAGCCUCGAUCCUCGCAAGAAACCGCCAACGUUUCUCAAGGCUGUCUUCGCUCCUCAAUUUGGAGAUGGAAACCCUGCGCUGGCACCACCAGCGGCGCCACCGUCGAAGGAUGCGACGAAGCGACGAAAGCCCAAGAACAACAUCAUCAAGAGUAGUUCUUCAUUUGUCUCGAGGGUGAUAACCCACGAGACAUCGGCUAAGCGACUGAGUGACCGUGACCCAAAUGGGACAUUUGCAUUUGCCAACAUCAAUCGCGCAUUUCAAUGGCUCGAUAUCACCUCCGCGUCUAAGGAAGAGCAUCUCACAAAGGUUUUAUUCACCAAGGCCCACAUGCUGUGCCAUGAUAUCAACGAAUUGACAAAGACAUCCUCUCACUUGGACAUUGUCAUGGGAUCUUCCGCUGGCGACAUUAUUUGGUAUGAGCCUUUGUCGCAAAAGUAUGCUCGCAUCAACAAAAACGGUGUGAUCAACAACUCCCCCGUAACGCAUAUCAAAUGGCUUCCUGGAUCGGAGAACCUUUUCAUGGCCUCGCAUGCAAAUGGUGUUUUGGUAGUCUAUGACAAGGAGAAAGAGGAUGCCUUGUUCACAGCAGAGACCACGGGUAUCCCGGAGAGGGACCCCAGCCAGUAUCCCUUCGAGAUUCUGAAAUCGGUCAACUCGCGCAAUCAGAAGACCAACCCAGUCUCAUCAUGGAAAUUGGCCAGCCAGAAAAUCUCCCACUUUUCGUUCUCGCCGGAUCAGCGACACUUAGCAAUUGUAAUGGAGGAUGGUUCUCUUCGUCUCAUGGAUUACUUGAAAGAAGAGGUUCUGGAUAUUUUCCGUAGCUACUAUGGUGGAUUGAUUUGUUCUUGCUGGUCACCCGAUGGCAAAUAUAUCGUUACGGGUGGUCAGGAUGACUUGGUGACGAUCUGGUCAUUCCCCGAACGCAAAAUUGUGGCCAGAUGUCAAGGCCACAACUCCUGGGUGUCGUCAGUGGCUUUCGAUCCUUGGCGCUGUGACCAAAAGACCUAUCGAUUUGGCAGUGUCGGUGAUGACUGCAGACUUCUUCUUUGGGAUUUCAGCGUUGGAAUGCUCCAUCGGCCUCGCGCGCAUCAUCAAAACUCAGUCAGACAACGUAUUAGUACUGUCGCACCGAGCUCACAGUCUACCCGCCACCGUGCCGACAGUGGAGGUUAUCGUAUGCGAUCUGAUUCGGAUCAAACAGAAAAUACCUACGAUGAAUUCGAGCCAAUGACCAGCCAUCCCGUUGAACCCCGAUCGCGAACUGCCCUGUUGCCUCCCAUCAUGUCCAAAAUCAUCGGCGAAGAUCCAAUUUCCUGGCUUGGAUUUCAGAAAGAUUGCAUUAUGACAUCCUCACUUGAAGGUAUUGAUCCAUUCCGUACCUUUUUCUCCUCAAGCAUACUAAUUCUCGACCAAGGUCAUAUUCGCACCUGGAAUCGCCCUACUGACAGUGCGGUCAAGUCAUGA